GAAGGAGCGCACGAUCAUCAUCAGACGGAGCACAUUUGCGGGCGACCAUUAGGGAUGUGUUUCAAUGAGAGAACGGGAGAGCUGUACAUCGCUGAUGCGUACUUAGGUCUUCACAAAGUUGGACCAGAAGGUGGGGUGUCCACUCCUAUAGCAACACAUGCGCAGGGCGUCACCGUUGGAUUCACUAAUGGCUUGGACAUCAAUCAUAGUGAUGGCACUAUUUAUUUCACUGCCAGCAGUUCUCUACAUCAAAGGAGGAAUUACAUCUCGCUAAUACUGAGUGGGGAUAGAACAGGUAGGCUAAUGAAGUAUGAUCCUCAAAGCCAACAAGUAAUCGUUCUUUUGGAGAACCUCUCGUUCCCAAAUGGAGUGGCACUAAGUGAAGAUGGUAGCUACCUCAUACUUGCUGAGACUACCUAUUGCAGAAUCUUAAGGUAUUGGCUGAAAACAUCAAAGGCUGGAACUGUAGAGGUUUUUGCGCAACUACCUGGAUUUCCAGACAAUAUCAAACGGAGUCCUAGAGGAGGAUAUUGGGUGGCAAUGCAUACGAGAAGGCGGAUGAUUAUAGGUUGGAUUAUUUCAAAUCCUUGGAUUGGCAAUGCUUUGCUUAAGUUGCCUAUUGAUAUUAUGAAAGCUUAUGCUGUUUUCUCCAAGUAUACAGGAAGUGGCUGGGCAGUGAGGUUGAGUGAGGAUGGUGAUGUGUUGGAAACGUUAGAAGAUAUGAUUGGAAACAGAAUUAGGUCCUUAAGUGAAGUGCAGGAGAAAGAUGGAGUAUUGUGGAUUGGGUCCAUAGCCAUGUCUUUUCUUGGCAUGUAUAAGAUGUAGAAGUUAUACACAUUCCAAACAAGCAUACAAGAGCUGCAUAGAUGAUCUCUAGAUAUAUAUAAGUUUUUUCAGUACAUCUUACUUUAAACUUUGCAACAAAUGAAUAAUCCUCUUUUUU